AUGCGCGAUUUCGAGAUGGAUUUGACGGUGAUCGAUAUAAGAUGCUGGGAUCUGGUGUCAGAUUGGGCAGCCUGGACGGGAGUAUAUCGGGAGGCAGACAGGCUGCAGGCGGUGCCCCGCGCUUCAUCAGAUGGCCAAGGCUCCGCGCUGUCCCAUCUGCUCCAGCAUGGCAUCGCGGGGCUGGCCUCCCUGGCCCUGUUGGGCUCCCCAGCCCUUGCUCCACCGGCCAGCCAGGCCACCACCUUCCUCACCUCCGACGAGACCUCCACCGUCAACCUGUUCCAGGCCUCCAAGCCGGGUGUGGUGCGGGACACCUUCACGCUCAACAUGCUGGAGGUGCCCCAGGGCGCGGGGUCGGGCAUGGUCUGGGACGCGCAGGGCCACAUCGUGACCAACUACCAUGUCAUCCGCGGCGCGUCGGAGGUGCUGGUGACCAUGACGGGGGGCGAGGACUACCCCGCCACCGUCGUGGGCGUGGACCAAGACCGCGAUGUGGCGGUCCUCCAGCUGCAGGGCCUGCCCGCCGAGAAGUCGGUGACCCCCCUGAAGAUCGGCAGCUCCGCCAACCUCAAGGUGGGCCAGCGCGUGUUUGCCAUCGGCAACCCCUUUGGCCUGGAUCACACGCUGACCACGGGCGUGAUCAGCGGGACGGGGCGAGAGAUCCCUGGCGCCACGGGGCGCCCCAUCCAGGACGUCAUCCAGACCGAUGCCGCCAUCAACCCGGGCAACAGCGGGGGCCCACUCCUGGACUCGGGCGGCGAGCUCAUUGGCGUGAACACCGCGAUCUACUCCCCUUCUGGCGCCAACAGCGGCGUGGGGUUUGCGAUCCCCGUGGACAUCGUGCGCAGCAGCGUGGACCAGAUCGUGCGCUUCGGGCGGGUGACGCGCCCCAUGCUGGGCAUCGCCUUUGCCCCCGAGCAGUCGGCGGAGCAGCUGGGCGUGCGCGGCGUGCUGGUGCUGGACGCGCGCAAGGGCAGCCCCGCGGACGAGGCGGGGAUCAAGGGCACCUCGCGUGACGAGUAUGGCAGGCUGGUGCUGGGGGACAUCAUCAUCUCCAUAGACGGCGCCAGGGUCAAGACCGGGUCCGACCUCUUCCGCGCGCUGGACAAGCGCAGCGUAGGGGAUGCGCUGGACGUGGAGGUCCUGCGUGGCAACGACCGCUCCCACGUGGCCAUCACGCUGGCGGCCAGCAACACGUGA